ACUAUAAAAGGAGUGAGAGAGCGGUUGGGGCGGAUUAGUCAGCUCUGCUGCAGUUGUUGGAGAGAUGAGACCCGUGUGGCUGUUGGUUGUGUUGGCUGCUGUAGUGGCGGCCGAUGACGACCAGGAAGAAAAGAACAAUAAUAAUACUCAGAACGCUGGUGCUAGCAACAAUGAUACACAGGGACGGACUCGUAACACUAAAGGAGCUGGCCAGGGAGACACCAGGCUCCUGAACCUCGGUGCAGGAGACUCUAUCGCAGGACUACUCGCAGCAGCUGGCAACCCGAACUUUGUUGACAACCAAGGACCUGACUUCGGUGGCCGUCAGAUAGGAGAUGGCUUCGGUGGACGUCCAUUUGGGAAUGGAUUUUCUGGACAACCACUAGGUGGCUUUAGUGGACAACCAAUAGAAAGUGGCUUUGGUGGACGACCAUUUGGAGGUGGAUUUGGUGGACGACCAUUUGGAGGUGGAUUUGGUGGGCGACCAUUUGGAGAUGGAUUUGGUGGACGACCAUUUGGAGGUGGAUUUGGUGGACGACCAUUUGGAGGUGGAUUUGGUGGACGACCAUUUGGAGGUGGACUUGGUGGACGACCAUUUGGGACUGGAUUUGGUAGUCAACCACUAGGAAGUGGCUUUGGUGGACAACCAAUAGAAGGUGGCUUCGGUGGACGACCAUUUGGAGGUGGAUUUGGUGGACGACCAUUUGGAGGUGGAUUCGGUGGACGACCAAUAGGUGGUGGCUUUACUCCUAGUUUCGGCGGACGACCUGGCGGUUCUAGCUUUGGAGGAGAGCCCAAUGGUGUCGGUAACGGUGGCUUCAACGGUCAGGGUGGGAGCGGGUUUAACAAUCAGUUUGGAGGUGGAAUUAACAACCAGGUAGCAGGUUCGGAUGGAUCGUUUGGAAGACAGAAGGCUGGACAGUGUCCACCUGUGCGUUUAGGAUGUCCACCCACUAGGAGUUUCCAGCCACCCGCCCCCUGUGUUAGUGACAGUGAGUGCAGUGGUACUGACAAGUGUUGUUUCGACAUCUGCCUGCAGGACAGUGUGUGCAAACCUGCAGAGAACCUGCCUGGCUUCGCCCGUUGAAGACCCUUGUUAAUAUUCUCAUAAAUUAUUAUUGUUUCCUACUUGUUUAAUAAAGUAUAUGAAACGUUCAUCUCUGUUCAUAUUAUAUUCUUUGUACAUUAAAUAUUGUAUAUAACUUUAUUUAUAAUUGUUGUUAUCUAAGUGUUUAAGUAUACCUGGAGUAUACCUGGAAGUUGUUUCGGGGGUCAACAUCCCGAGGCCCGGUCCAUGGCCAGGUCUCGUGGUGGAUCAGGGCCUAAUUAACCAAGCUGUUACUGC